CCUCUCGCCUCAAGGCUCACUCGCGUCAACCAAUUCCAACCUUCCAGUCCGUCCGUCCGUCCACCCACCCACCCACCCACUACACAGACCCGUCUACUUACGACACGAUGCCAGCCACUACCACACCCACCUCGCCCACGCCACCGCCCUUACAAACCCUCAGAAAGCGGCGAAUCAGCAGCAGCAGCAGCAGUGCGCUAUCCAAAGCGCGCGCGCGCCUGCGCGGCGUGGUCCGCGACGACAGCGACGACGAGCUGGGCUCUGAGGAUUUGCCGUGGGAGUGGGUUUACUCCCCCUCUACAGGCACAGGGAGGGAUGGGAAAGAAAAGGAGGGGAAGGAGCGGAAGGACAAAGAGGGGAAGGCUACGGAGCGGAAGAUAGUCGGAGCGCGCAUGGGCAGCUUCGAUGUGCACAUUGGCGACUGUCUGCUCAUUAAGGGCGAGGGGUUGAAGGGGGAGGCCUAUGUCGGUAUGGCGUGUGAGUUCGCCGAGGGUAGUGGGGGUAAGGAGGGCGGCGUGGGCGUGUGCAAUGUCAACUGGUUCUCGACCGAGAGCGAGAUCCGGCGGGGCGCGAAGAAGAGGACGGAUUCGUUACCGAACGAGCUCUACCUCAACCCCUCAUACGACGAGGUGCCGCUGCCAUCGAUCAACGGGCGGGCGAUCGUCCUGUCGCCGGCCGAGUUCAACAAGCAGUAUCCCGACGGCGUCUCGAAGAAGUCGAAAGAGUUCGGGAAGGUCUUCGUGUGCCGCCGCGCAUGCAACCCGCGCACUGCUACGUACUCGGACGAGUUUGUGUGGGAGGACCUGUAUCGCGGCCGCGAUACGGAUAUCUUUGCCAUCGGUGACUAUGUCCGCAGGAAUACUAAGGCGACGAGGAAGGCGCUGGCGAAUGUCCACAAUGGGAGCAGGGCGAAGAGGAGGAGGGUCAAGGGGGAUAGUGUUAGUGACGAUGAUGAGAGGGAUCCUGAGGAUGAUGAGGAUGAUGAGUACACCAAAGCCCCGGCGACGCCUAGCAGGAGGAAACGUCAGAAGGCGCCGGCAGCAGGUACGCCAACGAGAAGAACGCCCGCGAAGUUUACGACUCCGACGCAUAAACGGGUCACUAUCAAGAAACCACUCCUGUUCACGCCGCUCAGCACUCGUACACUCUCCGCCGCUACACAUCUAUCCACACCCUAUGCCAUAGCCCGUCACCGUCUCCAUGUCUCAACCCUCCCCGCAUCGCUGCCGUGUAGAGAAGAGGAGUUUACGGAAGUCUACACACAUCUGUCGGCGGCCAUCACAGAGGGCACCGGUUCCUGCAUCUACAUUUCCGGCACACCUGGCACCGGAAAAACGGCCACCGUGCGGGAAGUGGUCUCGCAGCUGCAGGCUCUCGUGGCAGCCGAAGAACUCGACGACUUCACCUUUGUCGAGAUCAACGGCAUGAAAGUUACCGACCCUCACCAAUCCUACUCGCUAUUAUGGGAAGCCAUCAAAGGCGAGCGAGUCUCACCCUCGCAAGCCCUUGGCCUACUGGAAGCAGAAUUCUCCACUCCAAGUCCUCGCCGGGUACCCUGCGUCGUCCUGAUGGACGAGCUCGACCAGCUCGUCACCCGCGGCCAAGGAGUAAUGUACAACUUCUUCAACUGGCCCGGCGGGCGUUACUCGCGGCUGAUCGUGCUGGCGGUUGCGAACACUAUGGAUCUUCCCGAGCGAACGCUUUCGAACAAGAUCUCAUCCCGCCUCGGUCUCACGCGCAUCACAUUCCCGGGCUACACCCAUUCCCAGCUGCAAACCAUCAUCGCCUCGCGCCUCGAGGGCGUCCCGGGCAACAUCGUCGACGCCGACGCAAUCCAGUUCGCCUCACGCAAGGUCGCGGCCGUCUCCGGCGAUGCCCGGCGCGCCCUCGACAUCUGCCGGCGCGCCGUCGAAAUCGUCGAGUACGCAGACUCCACGCACCCAGACGCAACUGCACCGGGCACCCCGUCCCGCCGCGAAAGCAUCGGCGGUGGUGGCGGCCUCAAGGCCGGCGGCAGAGUCACAAUUCCCGUCAUCAAGAAGGCCAUCCAGGAAUCCACCUCGUCGCCCCUGCAGACGUUCCUCAAGCUCCUGCCCUGCGCAAGCAAGGUCUUCCUGGCCGCGCUGCUGACCCGCGUCCGCCGCUCCGGCGUCGCGGAGAAUCUCCUGGCUGAUGUAUUCGAGGAGGCGGAGCGCAUGGCGGUCCUCGCUGAUGACGUCGUGAAGGAGGUUGUCGCUGGCGGCGCGAGGCGCGCGGGGUUGGCGGCUACCGUGGCGGCGCUGGUCGAUGCGGGCAUCGUGAGUGUUGAGGGGAGGAAGGGGGAGAGGGGCGGCCGCGUUAGGUGUCUUGUCGGCGAGGAGGAGGUCAAGAUGGCGUUGAGGGGGGAUAAGGAGGUUGGCGGCAUGAUGGGCGUGUGAGGGGGGUGCUUUUUGGUUUGUUGCGUGCUUUUGUGUGUCUUUGCUUUGCGUACGAUACUCGUGGCUCGUUAGAUAGAUAGAUAUCCGGUGUUUUUAUGUCACAGAGAGAGACUGUCCUGUCCUGUUCAGAGAGGGCCGUGGCGAAUGCUUGCUCGUGAAGCGAUUGAUCCUAUCCUCCUUAUGUGUUGCUGGCAGAGGUGUUUGUAUGCGAUGUUUUUCCUGUGUAUCAUGGACUCUAUAUUCACGAGUAAAGAACUUUACAACGAAUAGAGCGGUUUGAAUUUCUCGGGCAAUGAUUCCGUGGACGAUGACUCCAUAGGAUGGUUC